CUAGCUAGCCCGUCCCCUUCAAAUCUUUAGUUUCGUGUCCACUUCUACUUGCCUCCAUCAUCCAAUACUAUAUAGUAACCCAUCCGAUCCUUCCAUCGACCGUCGUCGUCGUCUCCUUGCGCGCGCAUUGAUCCAUCCCAUGGCGGCCGCCGCGAGCUUCGACGCCGACGUCACGCGCCACGGCGGCGGGGCCGCGGGGACCGGCCGGGCCCUCGGCGUGCACGCCGCGUCGCGCAAGAUCGGCAAGCCGGGCGCCGGCGGGCACGGGCAACAGGAGCGGAAGCCGGUCAUCAUCUACAUGGUGUCCCCCAAGGUCAUCCACGUCGAGGCCCACGAGUUCUUGCCGCUCGUGCAGCGGCUCACCGGCCCCGAAGCCGCCGCCGGCCGCGGCGACAAGAAGAGCAGCAGGCCGUCAACGUCCGGAGGAGAGGGAGGCGCUGGUGGUGGGGACGAGGAAUCGGAAGGCGCGCGCAGCAAGACCAGGGCGGCGGCGCCGCCGGUGCGCGUGAAGGCGCGCGCCCUGAACCGGCCGGCCGGCCCGGCCGUGUCCGUGUCCGUGACGGCCACGAGGCAGCAGCAGGUCGCGGCUCCAUCGGCCGCUUCGGCGUCGCCGUCGGGGCUACUGUUCCGCGACCUCAGCCCGCUCCGCGGCGCCGCGCUCAAGGGCGAGCACCACCACCCCCUGGUGUCCCCCGGGUGGCUGCACCACGUUGGCGACCACCAUUUCCUCAGCCCUGGCGCGGCGGCGGCCACGUUCGGCUCGCCGUCAGCCAGCUUCCUCGACAUCUUCGGGCCGCUGUCCUCGCAGCAGCAGUGAUCUCAGAUCAACUGGUGAGUGGUGCUGCCAUGGCAUGCAUGCUCUCUCUCACUUGGCUAUCAGCAUAUGCGAGUUAGGGUUUCUUGCAUGGACCGAUGCUUUUGCAUGCAUGAAGCAUGAUGCAUGGGUGCAUGGCCAUUGACACACAGGACAGAUCCGAGACCAGUUUACUUGAAUUUGGUUAGGCUGUAGUUCAGGAACUGUACAUAGUGUAGGCUUUCCAGUUUUCCACGGCCUUCAAUCCCCAAUCACUUCACAAUAUCACUACAUCAGGACUGGACCUCAGGAGAGACAAUAAUUCAAGCCAGUCUGUGCACGCCUGCGCACUCAACUAGCGAUCAAGAGACGAUGGAAUAUUUGGAAAUGAGGGGACAAAGGGGAUUAUAAGCAUGGAUUUGUGUUUUCAGUUCAACUACAUUAGUCGUAGUUUGUGUGAUGUGUGUGUUUUUCUUAUGCAAGGAUUUGUUUUGAUUUUUUGUGCAGUGCUAGUUGUACAAUAAUAAUGUAUCUAGGUACAAUACUAUUUGGUACCCUACUCAUGGAAUUGAUUUAUUUUUUGAUUCGUUUUAGUGGCGUGCAAGUUAAUCAACUCACACAGCUUGCUAGUAGCUAGCUAGUUCAAUGUAUCUGCGGUAUGAUGAUGUCCUGCAGGCCGCAGAAGCUGGUUGGUUAAUGAAUUGUUGAUGAUUACAUAUA